UCAAGGCCUGCUUGAUACGUCCGCCAUUUUGGGCGCUUCGCUGAUGGUGUCGGUGAGCGCGUUUCCCGCCUGAGCGCAACUAGCGGCGGGUCGCGGGCGCCUCCAGGAGAGCUUCUGUUCCGCUUCCACAUCCCACUUCACUCCAGCUAAUCUGCUAAUGCAGUGAAUUGGAAGACACCUGGUACCAGGAUAACCUGUAAUGGGCAAGGAGCCACAGAGAAGAAAACAUUUCUUUUAAUUUUUAAACUUGGUUGAAAGACCAGCAUGUUUUGGAAAUUUGAUCUUCAUUCAUCAUCCCACAUAGACACACUUCUAGAAAGAGAAGAUGUAACCCUGAAGGAAUUAAUGGAUGAGGAAGAUGUUUUACAGGAAUGUAAAGCUCAGAACCGCAAACUUAUAGAGUUUCUGUUAAAAGCAGAAUGUCUCGAAGAUUUAGUCUCAUUCAUUAUAGAAGAACCACCUCAAGACAUGGAUGAAAAGAUCAGAUACAAGUACCCAAAUAUAUCUUGUGAGUUGCUCACUUCCGAUGUCUCCCAGAUGAACGAUAGGCUGGGGGAAGACGAGUCCCUGCUCGUGAGGUUAUAUAGCUUCCUCCUAAACGACUCCCCCUUGAACCCGCUACUUGCCAGCUUCUUCAGCAAGGUGCUCAGUAUUCUUAUCAGCAGAAAACCAGAACAGAUUGUGGAUUUCUUGAAGAAGAAACGUGAUUUCGUAGACCUUAUCAUAAAGCACAUAGGAACUUCGGCCAUCAUGGACUUGUUGCUCAGGCUCCUGACGUGCAUUGAGCCUCCGCAGCCCAGGCAGGAUGUGCUGAACUGGUUAAAUGAGGAGCAAAUUAUCCAGAGACUUGUGGAAAUAGUUCAUCCAUCGCAAGAAGAAGAUCGGCAUUCAAAUGCUUCACAGUCACUUUGUGAAAUUGUUCGCCUGAGCAGAGACCAGAUGUUACAAAUUCAGAACAGUACAGAACCAGAUCCCCUGCUUGCCACUCUAGAAAAGCAAGAAAUUAUAGAGCAGCUUCUAUCAAAUAUUUUCCACAAGGAGAAAAAUGAAUCAGCCAUAGUCAGUGCAAUCCAGAUACUGCUGACUUUGCUGGAGACGCGGCGGCCCACAUUUGAAGGCCAUAUAGAGAUCUGCCCACCAGGCAUGAGUCAUUCGGCUUGUUCAGUCAACAAGAGUGUUCUGGAAGCUAUCCGAGGAAGACUUGGAUCUUUUCACGAACUCCUGCUUGAGCCACCCAAGAAAAGCGUGAUGAAGACCACGUGGGGUGUGCUGGACCCUCCGGUGGGGAACACCCGGUUGAAUGUGAUCAGGUUGAUCUCCAGCCUCCUUCAGACAAACACCAGCAGCAUCAACGAGGACCUCAUGGAGCUGAAUAGCAUUGGGGUCAUAUUGGACAUGUUCUUCAAGUACACGUGGAAUAACUUCUUACACACACAAGUGGAAAUCUGUAUUGCACUGAUCCUUGCAAGCCCUUUUGAAAAUACAGAAAAUAGCACAAUUACUGAUCAGGACUCCACUGGAGACAAUUUGUUACUGAAACACCUUUUUCAAAAAUGUCAGCUAAUAGAACGGAUACUGGAUGCCUGGGAAAUGAAUGAGAAGAAACAGGCCGAGGGAGGCCGCCGGCACGGCUACAUGGGCCACCUGACGAGGAUAGCCAACUGCAUCGUGCACAGCACUGAGAAGGGCCCCAACAGUGCGUUAGUCCAGCAGCUGCUCAAAGACCUUCCAGACGCGGUCAGGGAGCGAUGGGAGGCGUUCUGCACAAGCUCCUUGGGAGAAACUAACAAGAGGAACACGGUAGAUCUAGUUACAACCUGCCAUAUUCAUUCAUCCAGUGAUGAUGAAAUUGACUUUAAAGAAACGGGUUUCUCACAGGACUCUUCUUUGCAGCAAGCCUUUUCUGAUUAUCAGAUGCAACAAAUGACGUCCAAUUUUAUUGACCAGUUUGGCUUCAACGAUGAGAAGUUUGCAGAUCAAGAUGACAUUGGCAAUGUUUCUUUUGAUCGGGUAUCAGACAUCAACUUUACUCUGAAUACAAAUGAAAGUGGAAAUAUUGCCUUGUUUGAAGCAUGUUGUAAGGAGAGAAUACAGCAGUUUGAUGAUGGUGGCUCUGAUGAGGAGGACAUCUGGGAGGAAAAGCACAUCGCCUUUACGCCAGAAUCCCAGAGACGGUCCAGCUCUGGGAGCACAGACAGUGAAGAAAGUACAGACUCUGAAGAAGAAGAUGGAGCGAAACAAGACUUGUUUGAACCCAGUAGUACCAGUGCAGAGGAUAAAAUGGAGGUAGACUUGAAUGAACCACCCAACUGGUCAGCCAACUUUGAUGUCCCCAUGGAGACGACCCACGGUGCUCCCUUAGACUCUGUGGGGUCUGAUGUCUGGAGCACGGAGGAGCCCAUGCCGGCUAAAGAGACGGGCUGGGCCGCUUUCUCAGAGUUCACGUCUUCCCUGAGUACAAAAGAUUCUUUAAGGAGUAAUUCUCCGGUGGAAAUGGAAACCAGCACGGAGCCGAUGGGCCCUCUGACCCCCAGUGUCGCCACGCUGGCCGCGCAGCCGGAAGCGCCAGCCAGUGUGGCCAUGGAAGCCAGCUCUGACGGCGAGGAGGAUGCAGAGAGCACAGACAAGGUAACUGAGACAGUGAUGAAUGGCGGCAUGAAGGAAACUCUCAGCCUCACUGUCGAUGCCAAGACAGAAACCGCAGUCUUCAAAAGAGUGUUGAAAUCUUAUCGUGAGGAAGGAAAACUGUCUACCUCUCAAGAUGCUGCUUGUAAAGAUGUCGAGGAGAGCCCUGAGACAGCAGAGGCGAAGUCUGUGGGCCCCCGGCCCCCCAGCAGUACCCCAGAGCAGAGGACUGACCAGGCAAGCGUGCCAGGCGACACGUCCGUCAACGGCCCUGUAUGAUGAGUGACCCCUGCUUGCUGCUGACUGAGGACCGCAGGCCGCCACCGCUCGGGGCCUCUGGAGACUUCCCCUGGAGCCCGCCAGGCCGACACUGCUGCACUCACUCUGCAAGGGAUCAGGACCAGCAACCUUUAUAUUCUAGAUUCUAGGACAUUGUACAGAGAAAUCCAGAAGUGUAAAAAUAUUGCACAUUGACAAAUACCAAGAAUUUUUGCGUAUGUUUAUAUUGUAUUGUUCUAAAUAAUGGGUAGCCUGUGAAAUAAGAACGUGCCGCCCAUGUAAUAAUAGUAGUAAUACUAGAGUUAAAAUGGCUGUAAGAAUAGUUUUAUAAAAGUGAAUACACAGAUCUAUUGUAUUUGAAACAUAACUAUUUGACAAUUAUUAGUGUGACCAAAGUAUUAGGCAGUUUUCAUACAUUUUUCACCUUGUACAAAAUUCUGAAUUCAUUUCUCUUCCAGGCCGGCAAGGAGUCAUAGGGUCGAAAUGCCCUCUAAGUGUUAUUUUGGUUGUUCUAACUUACAAACGUGAUUUUGAAUAAGAAAUAUUUGGUGUUCUUUUUAUAACCAGUUUUUGAUUGGUAACUGUUUUCUGUAUUGUUUUAAACGGAUCAAAAAAUGUAAGUCUGUUGGUAGAGAUUAAGUAUUUAUUGCUACAACUUAGUUGAUAAAGUGAUGUUCUUGUGAAGCCAUAUGUUCUGUUAAAGUCUUGUUUGCUUGAAAUGGUUAUUCCUGCAGGUGAAACACUAGACUAUUGGAGUGUACAUGGCUGGUGGUUUGAGUUAUUUUGUUUUUCGUUUUUCGUUUUUGUUUUUUGUUUUGUUUGGGUAGUUCCUCUGCCUUUUAACCCAUUCACCAAAAUUUACCUUGUUAACAGGCAUCACCAAUGAACAUUUCUGAGCAGUUUGCAUAUUUAACACCCUAGACCGAUCAGGCAGGCCAGUGGAGGGACGCUCAUGCUGCGGGCGCACGUUUCCACCUCGAAAUCCGAACCUGGCACCCAAGCAUGGGAUUGUUCUCCUGUACCUUGUGAGGUUUCCAUGCGUAAACCCUAAACCAGUGUAUUUUUUUAGAACUGGUUUGUGUAUAUAUAUAGUGAUUAUGGAUACUAAUUCAAUGUAAUUUAUAAUUUUCUAUGUCAAUAUAAAAAUACAUCACCGCCUUCCCAAACAGCCGAAGCAAUAUAUCGUAUAUUGCCAUAUCGUCCUGGGAAAGGGUUCAAUUUCUUCACCUCUUGCACUUUUAGAUGCAGAUCAGGUUUUCAUUUCUGUAAUAGAAGACUAUUCACGUAUUUUUACAUCAUUUGUUUGUCCUGACCAGUAUUUAAAACCAAAAGGAUAUUCUGAAUAAUGGCCAACGAUUUUUUUAGAACUAGCAUCCCAAGCAGCGUGCCUAAACAUUACAUUGCAUAUGGAAAUAAAAAAAGAAUCAAAUGUUUAAUGCCUUAUUUCUUAUUUACUUUUCCAUUGUAAAUGGUGUAGAAGUUGUGUGAGGCCUCCCGAGGCCGACCUAGCCCUCCAGGACAGUGGAGUCAGCGGUGCGCCCUGGGACGGACGGCACGGGCGCCUCACUUGGCCUUUGCGCGCCUCCUCAGGAACCCUUUCUGUUGGGAGCUCCUCCCAGAAGAGACUGUCCUCAUGCGUCCUCCUCUGGAACCUAGUGCCACACUGGGGACAGGGCUCCUUUCGCUGGCCUCAAGGAUGCUGACUCUGUGACACGGGACCUCGGGGACCGCCAACGGCAGAUACGCUCUUGUCUCGCCUGGUGGAGAGCCUUGGGGCCCCCGCCGGGGAUGGCGCCCACUAGCUAGGCGCUGGUUGGAUUUCUUUGGCUUCUCCAUCCCCCUCCAAGGUAACACAGCGUCCUGUGUCAUCCCACCCACUGCUGGUGCCGGGCACCUGAAGUCUGUCUUUGGAGUCGUGUUUUAUUUAGCUCGUCUUCUGGGGCGGGGAAAGGACUCAAGGGUGCAAAGAAGAAGGUCGGCGGUGGGUGUCCAGCCAGGGGCCAGGAGCAAGUACACGCUCAUUUAGUCUCGACUUCUGUUUCCGUGUGUUGGCCAUACAGAACCGCGAGACUGACCCGUGUCUACAGUGCAGCACCUGUAUUAAAAGUAACUACAGCGAAAAUAAAGCCUGAUUCUUUGUUUCUAGAAA